AACGUAUUAUCAUGUCUCAUGAUUGGAUCUUGUCAGGCUUGACUUGUGGAGAUGUAUCCAUUGCUGAACGAACUUGAAUACGAUGGUAUACUCCUGAAGCUAAACAGGGCACAUCUCGUAUGUGGAGAUGCUUGCAGGUCAUACUUUGGUUACGGCUUCUCGAAGACGUCUGUUCCUUGGAAUAUGCAACUCUGAUCAGAUGGUUGAGCAAGAAGAUCCAUGGCUUUGGCUAUGGUCAAGGCAGCCUUGUCUAAACCUAUCCUUUGUAGCAUGCAUUCACACUUGGUAUUCGUACACUUUGAAACUGCAGGCAAUCGUCGAUCCUGCAGUUCCAGCCACCACUUCCUCUGGAGGGUCACAAGCGAAACUUUGUUAAGCCAUGUCCCGUCUUCCCUCGACAAGCUGUUAAUGCAGCCCGUAUUGCGUCAGCCACCAUGAAAGAGCUGUAAAAGUACA